CCAAAUCGUUAUCUGAAAUGCGAAGUGAUGUCAGUUCUUUGAAAGAAUCCGGGGAAAGGAGAAAGGAUAGAGGCAAAAAGGAAUCAAGAAAGCGUUCAGCUCACUCACACAAAUUUGAGUCUGGCGAGACACCUGGUAGCAGCCGUGAGUCGCCGGAUGUUUGCAAUUCUCCCAAGGCUGUGAAAAGGCACAAGAAACGUAAAAAUGAAAAAUCAUCAGUAGGAAAAGUAGCAUCGGCAAGCUACAAACACCAGGAGGAAAACGAUAGCAGCGGUGGCGAAGAGUAUUAUGAUGCGAAUUCUUCACCACCGAGCCACAGUGACGUUAGUCGUAAGGCGACCUGUGAUGAGAACGCAAAGAAAGACGAUGGUGUGGUAGAUACGGAGGCAAGAAGAGGUCAUUCACAAGCCAGUGAGCAACAGAAGCAAAUGACAAAACCAAUAAGUAAAGAAGAGAAAUUUGAAGCUAGUACAAGAACGUAAG